AUGGCUGCCUUGGAAAAGGUUAAGAUUUUAGUAGUUGGUGAUUCCGGAGUCGGAAAAACGUCUUUGGUUCAUCAUAUAUGUCACGAUGAAUGUCUUUCAACUCCAGGAUGGACAAUAGGAUGUACUGCAGAGGUAAAAUUGUAUGACUACAAAGAAGGAACGCCAGCAACGAAAAGUUUUUUCUUGGAGUUCUGGGAUGUUGGAGGCUCUGCAAACCAUGAAAACAGCCGGUCAAUAUUUUAUAAUGGCGUCAAUGGAUUGAUCCUUGUUCAUGAUUUGACCAACAAGAAGUCAUUCACAAAUCUAAGGCGUUGGUUAGCAGAAGUGUUAGGGUCUGGGAAAGAAGGGAAUGGCUCCUUCAGCGCUAAGCAGCCACAAAAACAGCCUUCAAACAGAGACAGUUGGUUUGAGUUCUCAAUUGACAUAGGAGAAGGUUAUGACUCAGAGCAGUUUGCUGGAAACCAAAUUCCUGUCAUAAUUGUGGGUACUAAACUAGAUCAGGCAGGAACUGUAAGAAUUCUUACCUCAUCCAGGGGAUUGAAUCUUGCAGAGGAAAUUGGAGCCGACAUGAUAAAUCUGAACUCUACGGAUAUAAGACAACUUAAAUCUGGAUCUCUCAAUGCCAGAAAGCUGAAUGCUUUCUUUGAUAAAGUAAUUGAGAGGCGAUUCUAUUCCCGUGAAGUCCCACAAGUCCAGCAGUCAACUGGUCUUGCCGAAUCACCUAAAUUUUAUGAUCGUUCAAGUAAACGUAAAAUGGUCUAA